AUGCGAACAUCUUCUAUAAAUAUCCUAAUUAGCGGAAUCGCAAUUUGUGAUCUUUUUACAAUGUUCACAUGGGUUUAUAAAUAUUUGAGUUUGGCAGAUUUGGAAUACCCCGAGUGCAUCACAGCAACUUCUUUGAUUAAAAUUUACAUGGACGUCACUUCCUGGUCUUCUCAGUACCACUUCAGACGGACUACGUGUUGGCUGGGAAUUGUAAUGGCGAGUAUCCGUUAUGUAAUUAUGAGCAGAAUCUCUGACGUGAGACAUUUUAAAUGGGCGGAUCCAAAAAUGGGAUAUAUUCUAAUAGUAAUCGUAUUUGGAUCUAGUGGAGUUCUAACGGUGAUAUGGCAAUGGGAAUGUCAGGUUGUCGAAAAUCGUAACUAUUCGCUUGUGGCAAACUGUGCCGAGCAUCAAGAAAUAAACGGUAACUACAAGUUUUCUGUAACUUUGAGACCAUUUGCAAAUCUUGGGCAUUAUGUGAUAGUAAGGACAUAUUUUAUAUUGGAUGCUACACUGUCAAAUACUCGAGAAACCAUUCGAAGAAAUAGUACAACAACUGAAGACAAUGAAGAAAAGUAUGUGCUCAGUGUAAAAUUGAUCGUUUUCAUAACAAUCAAUUUUUUCAUUGCCGAAGCUCCGAUCGGAACAAUUGCAAUUCUGAAAACUUUUCUGGAAAGAACUGAUAAGUUAUUUCGAUUUUCCUCGGACCUCAAUGUUUAUUUUGUUAUUGUGGCAACGUUGAAUUCAAUAUUACACCCGAUAUCUUGUAUUUUUAUGUCUAGCCAGUAUCGGGAGACAUUGAAAUCAGUUCUUGGAGGAAAAAGAAAAAGUAUAAUUUCUGUGCAACCCAGAUUGAGCAGUUUUGUGUCUACUCCGGCAAUCCACAUUGCUCAUCAUCUACACCGGGCAAACUUCAUAUGCAGUUUCAUUUCUGUAAUCAUCAAUAUUUUUCAUUUUAUAAUUCUAUCAAGAAAAUCAAUGAGAACCAGCUCCACCAAUGUGAAAAUGAUUGGAAUUGCAAUUUCCGAUAUUUCCACAAUGCUCAGCACAAUUUAUAAACAUUAUUUUCUAGUGGAUGUUGAGAGCCCAGAGUGUGUCACCGCUUCUGUACGGUACAAGAUAUACUUGGAUCUUUCGGCGUGGACAUUUCAGGAUCAUUUCCGACGGUGUAGCUCUUGGUUAGGUGUUCUAAUGGCAAUUGUUAGACUUUUCGUUAUGAAAACGAUGCCAAAUUCUAGGUACGGUAACUGGUCAAAACCAAAAACUGGAUGUUUUUUCACAUUAUUGGUUUUUUGUGUCAGCGCAAUGUUAUCAAUAUUUUUUGUCUCUAGAAAUCAGAUUGUGGAAAAUAGAGCCUUCCCAUUGCCCUUAAACUGUGCCGAAUACCAGGACAUCAACUCAAGACCUCUAUUUUCUGUAAUUUUAACUCCAUUAUUUUCAUCUUCAAAUUUCCUUGUUCUACGUAUUUUUACCAUGUUCGAUGCCAUUGUGACCAAGUUCAUCCCUUGCAUUGCAUUUCCUUGUCUUACUGUAUUUCUGAUUCGAGAAUUACGAAAAUUCCAUAAUCGAGUUGUUAUGAAUGGAAGAAAACAAAGUGCCGUUAUUGGGGAGAAAAAUGAUAUUACAACGAAAUUGAUUGUUUUCAUGACGUUUGCAUUUUUUAUCGCUGAAGCUCCAUUGGGAACUAUUUAUUUAGUAAAAGUGUUUUCCGAUAGAGAUGAUGAGAUUUUCUUAUUUUCCGUUGACAUUAUUAUCUAUUUUGUAACAUUGAACACAUUAAACUCAAUUUCACAUUCAAUUUUUUGUAUAAUUAUGUCCAGUCAGUAUCGAAACACAGUUCGCGAAAUUAUGGGAAUUCAAAGGAGUGCGAAAUUAUCAACUGCAAGAAAUAAAACCAGUGUAGCUUCUAAACUUAUCUGGAAAACGUUUCCUCAUUUCUGUCUUCUUAUGACUUUUAUCCCUAUCACUCAUAUGGCAUUCUUGAUUGUCAAUACUUUUCGAAAUCUUCUUUUUACUAGUAAACUGGGUGUAGACGAAAUUCUAUGGAGGCUUUUACCAGUUAUUAUAACCUGUUAUCCGAUUUUAUUUUUUCCACCCGUCCCAUUUUGCAUAACAAUGGUUUAUUCCAUUUUUCUGAAUAUUAAGAUGGCGCCAGGAAAACAUUUAUUUGGGCAAAGAGCCACAAAAGGCGAACGGUGCCUCGUAAUUUCUAUCAAUUUCGAUGACCACCCUUCCUUGCAACUAGACAUGCUAAAAUACCUACCGGUUCUCAUAACAACUUUGUAUUAUUCGAGGCGCUUAUACUUUUUCAAAUCCGCCAAACGGCCCAUCAAAGUUUAUACCACGGAAUACAUCAGAAUGAUUUAUAUUGCAUUGUUUCUUUUGGUUUUUUAUGUUUUAACACUUCCACAAAUCCUUAUAUCUUUUCUCACUCACCAUACAAAUUUUUAUUCAUAUCCAACUCGUUUGUUGGGAUUCCAAGAAUCGUGA